GUUCAUUUCAGCAGAGUUGGGAUCAAUUUGUGUGCCUUGGAAACGAAAACCGACCAAAGAGAAAGAGACCCGUCAUCUCAAGUUGUUAUUAUGAAAAUUCCAACGCGUUAAUAAGAUUUUAUCGGUAAUCUUAUAUUUUGAAUUCAUGCGGAGAACACAAAAUCGAAAAAACUUUACAAGAAGACGCCGUGGUCCAAUGUGACGCAGUUUUGCAGCGAUAAUAAAAAUCGCGAUCAAAACAAAAAUGAAGCACAAGUGGCUGCUGCUGGUGCUAGCCGCUGUGUGGAUAGGCCAGGGCUUUGCCCAGAACGAUCGUCUGCAAAGAGCCGGCCGCAACAAGGACGGCAUUCUAAAAAUAAAGAAGGAAGGCUUCUUUGAUGGUGGAGAGGAGGAUAACGACGACCCGGUCACUCUUGACGCUGAAGUCAUUCAAAUUGUGCAGGCACCUGAUCUUUCAGGUGGUCCUCCAGAGGAUGAAGACCAUGGCGAUCUGGACGCUGAUGAAGAUACCCUAGAAGAAUCCACCCCAGAAACGACUGAACCGCCUAGAGAACUAACUCCUGAAGAAAUAAAAGCUAAUGAAUUGUUCACCAAUGCAUGGGCUAUGCUAAACGCAACAAGGCCAAACAAGAAAGCAGCCUUUGGUCUGAUGCAGGCUGCUGCUGACAUGGGACACGUCAAAGCCCAAGCAAAGCUGGGCUGGGCCUACUUGCUUGGGUCCCCAUUUGAGCAAAAUAUCACAAAGGCUGUGGAAAUUUUCCAAGAGCUUGCAAACAGAGGUGACCCGGACAGCCAACUGGGUCUUGGAUUUAUGUUUGCAACCGGUUUGGGAGUUGAGGCGAGUCAAUCAAAAGCACUAGUCUACUAUACUUUUGCCGCCCUGGGCAAAAAUACAUUUGCGCAAAUGGCUUUGGGCUAUAGGUACUGGGUCGGUGUUUCCGUCACCACAAGUUGUGAAAAAGCUUUGGACUUUUACAGACAAGUCGCUAACUCAGUUGCGGAGGAAGUAUCCUUGUCUGGAGGAGCUGCCGUCCAACGAGUCAGACUUUUGGAUGAGAUGGAAACACCAGGCUACAACUCGGGAAUCCUUGACAACGACCUGAUGGAGUACUACCAAUUGUUAGCAGAGAAAGGGGACGUCCAAGCGCAAGUUGGACUUGGCCAGCUGCACUAUCAAGGAGGCCGAGGUGUCCAACAAGACCCUCAAAGGGCGCUUCACUACUUUUUGCAAGCUGCCGAUGCUGGAAAUCCAGUUGCAAUGGCCUUUCUUGGAAAAAUCUACCUGGAAGGCUCUGAUUUGGUAAAGCAAGACAAUGACACUGCCUACAAGUACUUCAAGAAGGCAGCCGACUUGGGAAAUCCAGUAGGCCAAUCUGGUCUUGGACUGAUGUAUUUGCAUGGAAAAGGCGUCACGAAGGAUUACACCAUGGCCCAGAAAUAUUUCACCAUGGCUGCUGAUCAAGGCUGGGUGGAUGGCCAAUUGCAAUUGGGCAACAUGUAUUUCAGUGGAUUGGGUGUGAGGAAAGAUUACAAACUUGCCAACAAGUAUUUCAGUCUGGCUUCCCAAUCCGGACAUGUCCUUGCAUUUUACAAUCUAGCUCAAAUGCAUGCUGCUGGAACUGGAAUGAUGCGCUCUUGUCCAACAGCAGUUGAGCUGUUCAAAAAUGUGGCCGAGAGGGGCAAAUGGGGUGAAAAACUUAUGGAAGCUCAUAAUCACUAUCGCGAAGGUCGAGUCGACGAAGCUUUUGUCACAUACGCUUUCUUGGCCGAACUUGGUUAUGAAGUUGCCCAGAGCAACGCUGCUUUCAUUCUUGAUAAGGAUGAGGUUGAACUGUUUUCCACAAACGAAUCCUUGGUGCGAGCUCUGCGUUAUUGGGGCCGAGCUGCAGCCCAAGGUUCCGGCACUGCUCAGGUCAAACUGGGCGACUACCACUUCUACGGAUUAGGCACUCCUGUUGACUACGAAGCAGCCGCUGCCCAUUAUCGGUUGGCAUCUGAGCAGCAGAACAAUGCUCAGGCCAUGUUCAACUUAGGGUACAUGCACGAACAGGGUCUAGGAAUGGUUCAGGACAUGCACUUGGCCAAACGAUGCUAUGACCUAGCUGCAGAGACGAGCCCAGAUGCAAAAGUUCCUGUAACUCUUGCCCUCAUGAAGUUGUCGCUUGUCUUUGGACUCAAAUACUUCCAAGAGGGUGGUUGGCAAGAUUGGGUUCUCUUGCUGCAAAUUGACCGAGCGCUGGGUCCGAACUGGGACCUUUAUUUGAUAUCAUGCCUCGUAGCCACACUGGCUCUUCUGGUGUACCUGCGAAGACCUCCACAGCCGUAGAGAAACUGACUGCAAAGUAAAUAUUGAACAGGAUUUUUUAUGAACGAGUUUCUAGCUGUGUCGCGGAUAGAACUGCCACGCGGCACUGAGCUGAUUGAUCACUAAUUAAUUGGAUUUCCAUAAAGCGCGGGUUAUAAGUGGACCGUUUACAAGCGAUGAUUUUAGUGUUACGAUAACAGUUACAUAAUGUGUGAAGCAACGUCCCCGUUAAGUUUUACCAAAGGAAUUGACCUCCUGUUGUGAUGCGGUUUGUUAUAAAUUUUGAUUGUUCUUCCACUUUCUAUAGUUUUGCUUUUUUUCUUUCAAUGGCUGCCUCAUGCCAUAAAAAGUAAUUAUUAAUAAUUGAUGAUUGUUGUUGUGUAAAUUAUGUGGAUGCGCACUGUGUAAAAAUGAACAUUAAAAGCGAUUGACUUAUAUUGUAAA